UUUUUUUUUUAAAUACAUCAUUUUCUUAUCUACUUUUACACACAUAGACUUUUUCUUUUUUAUUUUAUUUAUUUAACAUCGUAUAGACAAUGUUCCCAUCCACUGAAGUUCUGAAGAAACAAUUCUUUGUUCCAUCCGUUACUGAGUCGGAAAAGCCUCCACAGGGUGUUGAUUUAUACUCCCGUUUCGCUUUGGCCGGUGCAUUGUCCUGCGGUAUUACCCACGGUGCCUUGACGCCUGUGGACGUUGUGAAAACCCGAAUGCAAUUGUCUCCUGAAGUGUAUAACAAGGGUAUGAUUGCUGGUUUCCGACAAGUCGCCGCCAAGGAGGGUGCGGGGGCCUUGUUGACUGGUUUGGGUCCUACUGCUGCUGGUUACUUUUUGCAGGGUGCAUUCAAAUUCGGUGGUUACGAAUUCUGGAAAAAGACGUUCAUCGAUAUGGUCGGCGUGGAAAAGGCCACUGAAAACCGUACCGCCAUCUAUCUCGGUUCGGCAGCCAUUGCUGAAUUCUUUGCUGAUGUGGCUCUUUGUCCGCUUGAAGCUACCCGUAUUCGUUUGGUGUCUCAACCUGAUUUCGCUAAAGGUUUGGUUAGCGGCUUUGGCCGUUUGUUGAAGGAAGAAGGUGUCCUUCAGGGCUUCUAUGCUGGUUUCGGUCCCAUCCUCUUCAAGCAAGUUCCUUACACUAUGGCCAAGUUCGUCGUCUAUGAAAAGGCAGCUGAAAAGAUCCUUCAAUCCAUGUCUACACCCAAGGAUCAAUUAUCCGCUGGUACCAUGACUUGCGUCAACUUGGGUGCUGGUAUUAUCGCCGGUACUGCCGCCGCUAUUAUCUCCCAACCUGCCGAUACCUUGCUGUCCAAGAUGAACAAGCAGAGAGGUGUCGCUGGUCAAUCUAUUACAUCACGACUUGUUACCUUGGCUGGUCAAUUGGGUGUCAAGGGUCUCUUCUUGGGUCUCGGUCCUCGUAUUGUCAUGGUGGCAUCCCUCACCGCCGGUCAAUUUGCUAUCUAUGGUGACAUUAAACGCAUGCUGGGUGCUACUGGUGGUGUUGAAAUUGCCAAGAUCCAAAAGUAA